UCUACUUCUGAGGAGAAGGUGAGCACAGACAACACGGCCCGAUCAGCGCUGGAAGUUUGAGAUGGUCUGAACUGCAUUUUAUGUAUUUAUUUUUAUUUUUUUUCCAGAGAAAGGGCCCACAAAGGGGCACAGGAGACGCGCGGGGUCAUAAGGGCUCCUUGGGUGGAGCUCAGGCUUGGCUGGACUGGCACUCCAACCUCUUGCUCUCAAGAUUAUGACCAUGAGUGGAGGACAGUAGAAACAAACACAUUUUCACAUCAUUCCCUUGCCCUCCCUCAUGAUGGGCUCUGCUGAGCUCAUUUGUUGGGUGCUGGUGGCGUCCACUCUUGGACACAACCACCUGGUGACUGGGGGUUGCUCAGGAAAGUGCUGCCGGAGUAGAGACUUGAGCUGUUCCAGCACCGGCUGGAGGAUGGACCGUGUGUACGGGACGUGCUACUGCGACGAGGGCUGUGUCAGGACCAAGGACUGCUGCUUUGACUACUACACCGAGUGUCCAGCACAGGACUGCACAGUGAGCGACUGGAGCUUCUGGAGCGGCUGCGCCAAGCCCUGCCAGCCCUCUGUAAGAGUCCGGGUCCGGCACGUAGAGCAGCAGCCCGGCAACAGCGGCAAGGCCUGCCCCAGCCUGGAGGAGAGAGCUGGCUGCAGGGAAUACAGAGACCACCAGGGAAGCCACUGCGGACGCAGCUCAGGACCUGCAUUCAUCACUAGCAUGGAGUUUGGGAAGGGGAGGCCCAAGCAUGACAGCUAUGGAAACCCCCUGGACCAUGGGUUCUGCAUGGAAUUCAAGCUGGAGUCACGGACACCGCAGUGUUCAGCAGAGAACCGGCCACACACACUGUGGACGCGCUACAUAGCAGAGGGCUUUAAAGUGUGUGUGGCGUGUGAACCUCCUUCCUUGCAAAACAGUAGCAGCAGUUGCCAAGGAGACGGACAAGAAUCACACAAUGAAGCGGUGCUGCACUGGCAGGCAGUGGGGAACCCUCGGUGCAGCGGCACAUGGAAGAAGGUCCAGAAGACGCAGCAGUGCACCUGUCCACCCCAACACAGCUUUGUCUUCAUUUGAUUCUGAGAAACUUCAAUCCACAGGUCACAAAAGUCGUUUUUCUUUCCAAACCGGAUGCCACCACAACGCAGGAUCUCAAGGAUUUCAAACGGCAAACUGAUUUAAAAGCAUAACUACAAAGUACAUUCACAUUUCAACUCUUAUGCAAGACAUCAUAUUACAUAUGAAGCACUUAUACAGUUGAUUUCAUGCAAUUUUAUUGUAGAAACAAAACUACUUAAUGAACGCUUAAUUUUCCUUGCAAAGGUAUUUUUACAUCAAAUAACAUGUAUUUAUAUAUACACAUUUUAAAUAUUUCCCAUAACAGCCACCUAAAUACUGAAAUCGUGUGUAGAACACCAUCUGGUGGUUAGACCUAAUAUUUUGUACCAGAUGACAAGAUUCAGCAUUAUUUUUAAGGAUGGGGCAAUAAAAAUGAAAGAGGGAAAAAUAAAAUAAGGAAUAUCAAGCAGGAUGAGAGAUCAAUAAAUAAGUGUGAUGCUCUUCACUGGUGAACUGCUACAGCUGAACUGGACGGGGGGGUGAGGCCGCACUCACGCCUCAGCACACUUUAUCUGACCUCACUAAAACUCUCCAGCGGUCCUUCAGCAUGGUGUUAGUGCGUCCGUCAAAGUCAUAAUCCAGUAAUAUUUGCGACCACUUUCCCAGGCCGUGGCGCCUAACACCCUCCUUGAGAAACAUGUCAUGCUGGUACGUCCAUUUCUAAACAACAUAAACAUAAAGGACAUGUCAUCGGCAGUUUCAGGAAUUACAUGUUUUGCUUUUGACGUGACAUUAUGGCGACACGACGUAGAAUUAAACUCACCCUAUGUGGUCUUCUUGCGUUUUGUACCUCAGCAGUUUCCAACGGCUUUCUGGAGAUCAUCUGAGAUAACUCUGACGAGGGAGAAUUAAAUAUUUUGAGGUUUUUUUAUCAUGCUCACAGGUGUGUGCUGGUGACCUUAUUACAGGAAGUUAAGACGUACCAGUUUUGGAAAGUCGUCUGAGAGUUACAUGAGGUUUGACGGAGGUUACACGGGACUCGUUGGCAGUUACACAGGAUUCGUCUGCAGUUUCAGGUUUCCAUACAUCUGUGAUUUUAGUAGAUAGUAGCUUCCGUUUUGUUCUGUAAAUGUAAUUAACAAUUUUAUCAGUUGUCUAGGUUUGAUUAACUUCUGUCUUCACCCAAACAAAACAGCAAAAGCCAAAACACACAUUUCUUGUUGAAAAGACAUUUCAGCAUUCACGAUCUCAAAAGUAUGGCACUUUUUAUUCUGCUGGGAAACAAAUACACAGCAUAUUCACUGAUGUGCAGAAAUGAACUGUGUAGUUUUCAAUAAAUAACAUGGGAAUGAGAAGACUGAUUCUUACUUUUUAUUCUCCUGUUUUGAUUCAUUUGGCGUUUCCGAGACCGACGUCGC